AUGUCGGUGUUUAAAGUCGUGGACACAAAGGGAAGGUUUUUUACUACUAUUGAGAAAGAUGGCUGUCGAUUUCCAAACAAGAAUUUGAGAUCUGUACAGAAUUUUACUAAUUUUAAGUUGCGAAAGGAUGAUGUUCUGAUAUGUGCAUAUAUGAAAUCUGGUACCCAUUGGUUAUGGGAGAUAUGUCGAAUGUUAGUGGCGGGUACCACCGAAGUGAAGAUUGUCGAAAAGGAGAGUCAGAUGAUAGAACUAGCAAACCAUGAUGAUUUGGAUAAGGACCCAUCACCAAGGUUCAUUAAUACUCAUGCUAGAUUUGAUCUGCUACCAAACGACUUCUGGAAAUUUCGUAAUAAAAUAAUCUACAUCCGCCGCAAUCCCAAAGCUGUGGCUGUCUCCUUCUACAAUCAUACUAAAACGGUGUAUGAAUAUGACGGAGAGUGGAAUGAUUUCUUCAAACUAUUUGUAGAUGGAGUAGUCGAUAAUGGUUCAUGGUUUGAAUACGUAUUACAAUGGGAAAGAAUUAUAAAGCAUUCUACAGAAGAUAGAAUUCUGGACAUUGCUUAUGAAGAUGUCAAAGAGGACCCAUUGCGAGAAAUUCGUAGGAUCUGUGAAUUUCUAGAGAUUACAACAAGUGAAGACUUAAUGAAAGAUAUUAUAGAUCAUUGUGAUUUUAAAAAACUGAAGAAAAGAAAGGAAAAUUUUUCAAUAACCAAAGAUGGAAAUUUGUCACUUUAUCGUAAAGGUUGGUUCCCAGAUUGGAAAAACUGGUUCACGGUGGCACAGAAUGAAUAUUUUGAUGAAGUUUACAAGAGGAGGAUGAUUGGAUCAAAACUACAAUUUAAAUACCAAUGA